AGAAGAGAAUCAUGCUGAUGAAUAUACUUCGAGAGUACAAUAUCAAUAGAAUAUUCUUGUCGUGUCUAGGUCUUUGGCCAUUCCAAUGUAAGCUCGCGAGACGUUCAUUGUCAAUGUUUUGCUUUGUACUCGAAUUAAGUUAUUUGCCGUUUGAGAUAAUAACAUUGUAUAUACAUAGAGAUAGUGGACAAAUGAUUUUUGAAUGUCUGUAUCAAAUGGUUAUAACAUUGGCUUUCCUUGUAAAAUUAUUGAAUCAGCUUUGGUACCGCAGCAAGUUUCAGCGUUUAUAUGAAACUAUGGAAAAUCAUUGGAAUAUAUUUACGAAUGAAUUUGAAGUUCAAAUUAUGAAAACUUAUUCUGGUAUAUCACAAAAAUUUACAGUAUCUUAUUCCAUGUUGAUAUAUGUUAUGAUGUCAAUGUUUAUCAUAAUACCUUCAUUAGGACCGAUAUUUCUCGAUAUCGUGCUACCUCUUAAUGAAUCGCGUCCGCGACACUUUGCAGUGUACGCCGAAUAUGGGAUAGAUCAAAAUAAGUACUUUGUAGAAAUAUUUUUGUACACCACUAUCAUGAUCACGGUGGGUAUGACCAUCAUGGUGUCUGUUGAUACUAUGCAUAUUGCAUGCACCGCGCACGCGUGCAGCUUAUUCCAAGUUGUCGGUCAACAAAUUGAGAACGUAGUAUCGCAGGAAGUCAACGAAACUGGAUAUGGCGCUAAUACGGAGUAUAAAUUAUUCAAUGAGAAAAUGAUAUAUCGGAAAUACAUUGUGUGUUUGGAAAAACAUCAACUUGCUUUAGAGUAUGUCGAUAUAUUAAAUGAUACGCAUAAGAUUGUGGGAAUUAGCUUCUCAUUAUUGAUUGGCGCGGUUUUCAGUCUGCUUGGAGUUCGCAUUGUCUAUGUGUUAGAUCAAGUAGAAGAAAUGAUUAGAUUUACGUUUAUCAUCAUGGGAGCGUUACUACAAUUGAUGAUCCUGUGUUAUUCCGGCCAGAAAUUAAUGGACGAAAGUCAGAAUAUAUUCCACCGAGUAUAUGCAGCGAAAUGGUAUAAGUUCUCGCCAAGAUUAAAGUCAUUGUUAAUUAUAACUCUUUACAGAAGUGUUGUUCCGUGCAAAUUGACAGCAGGUAAUUUGUUUCCGUUGUCGAUGCCACUCUUCGCCGCGGUGGUGCGAACAGGUGUAUCUUAUUUCACGGCAUUCUUAUCGUUGAAAGAGUAAUUAAUUCUGAAAUAUAAAUGCUUAGUGAGUUCUUGUGACCAAUAUAUCU